AUGGAACCUAUUUUGCCGCUGUUUCGACUUCCCAAUAGUGUCAUUAUUGAAGUGAUCAAGAACUUUCAUUUAAAACAAUUGUUCGCGUUCUCCCUUGUCUCAACGAAAACUAAGGAUCUCGUGACAUCGUUAGGAAUAAAAACAAGUAAUAUUUACAUCGGCGUUUCUAAUGUGCUUCGUGUAUCUGUGAUCAGCGGAGAAAACUAUUUGUGUCUAAACUUUUAUGACGAGUCGAAAUAUGUGAAUGGGUUAUCACCCGUAGAUAUAACUCUUCCAGUUGACGUUUGUUUUGAAUAUAAGGGCAAAAGAAUGCAAGCAUCUACACCAUUCAACUUCAGCGCUUGGAUAAAUUAUAUUCGGAGUAUUUUCUGUUUCACUAAACCACUGAAUAUUCGUUUUUAUGGAGGUUGUGGGAAAUAUGGAAUUGAAUUGUUGAAAGAUACAACUGGAAAUGUCAACGAUCUCUUUGUGUCUCCCCUAGUGACGGAUGUUAUGAGCAGAACAAUUUUGAAACAUUUCAAUACUCCCAGCAGAUUGUUUCUGUUGAAGAAUCCAUUUGAAGAUGGUUGUGAAGUUCAAAAAUUCUUCAUACAAAACUUUCAAUUUAUGGAAUAUCAUGACGUUUACUCAUUAGAUGACAUGUUAUUGGUCAACAGUGAGAUAGUCAGAUUCACACAUCGAAUAACCCAUAAACAGUUCAACCAAUUCCUCCAACACUGGAUCCGUGGAUCUAAUCCAAGACUGCAAUUUAUGUUUCUUAUAAUUAAAAAAAUUAAUGUUGCCAGUAGAGAAGUGAAUGGGAUCAGAUGUAUGGAAAUGAGUGAAGAUGCGAAAAGAGAAAUCCGUCAGAAACACAACCUGCCAAUUGAAGUUGAUAUGGUUAAGAUCAAACGGAAGGAUGGCACAUCUGCAGUGAUUGCAAUCGAAGAUAUAGAGCACAUUUUCUUUUUCCGUUUCAUUGUGUUGCACUAA